AUGUCAAUGGUUGAAUUGAAGAUGACGGUUGAUGAUGAUGACGACUACGACAGCGAUAAUGACGUUGAUGAUGAAAAUGAUGAAGAUGAUGAUGAUAAUGACGAUUAUAGUAAUGAUGAUGAUAAUGACAAUUAUGAUAAUGAUGAUGAAGAUAAUGACGAUUAUGAUAAUGAUAAUGACGGCAAAGAUGAUAAUAAUGAUGACAACGAUGAUGGCAAUGAUGAUACUAAUGAUGAUGACCUAAAUGGUGAAGGUAAUAAUAAUGAUGAUGAAAAUGAAAAACAUGGAAAUUAUGACGCUGACAAUUAUGAUGAUGAUGGAUUGUUUGAUGGGGAAUGGGGUAGCAGAUGGUUCGCUAGAGGUGCGACGACGCAAACGCCGGCUACGAGCGCACCUCGCGUGGCCGGUAUCCGCUAUCGCAUGUUUUAA